UCUAGUCUGCACCAUCUAUUUUAAGCCCCAGUGUGUGGGCUUUAAGGCUUUAGACUGCAAGGUCUCUCAUUGUAGGUGACGCAAGGAGCUGUGUCGUCUGCCACUCUGCCUAACCUCGUUGGUUUUCUCUGGGUCAACCGAUGUCCUCCCGCCGUUAAUGGCCCCUACCCUCAAGCGAAUUUUUGAAAUAUUACGUUAUUCCCGAAAUGAUAUACAGUUCGUGUUGAGUACACGUUAAACUCCACUCCUCUCUUUCUAUCUCCUUUUUCAGCCUCCGUCUAACAUGAAACCCACAUCUGAUGAUUACCAAUUUCGACUGAGAAUAAACGGAACAGGUGGAGCAACUUUUAACGAAUAUUCUAACCUGAACUUUAGACAUGACAACAUGGUUGUUGUUAUACAGACAGAUAAGAAAGUUUACAAACCAGGUCAAACAGUAAAAUACAGAAUAUUUGCUAUUCUUCCUGCUUUAACAACAUUUAUGGGCAAGUUUGAUGUUGUAAUUGAGAAUCCAAGAAAAAAUAAAGUAGUGAGGUUUGAAAGGAAUGGAGACCUGUUUGGAGUUCUUGAAGACGAAUUUAUUUUGUCGUCUGAAGCCUUAUUUGGUGACUGGAAAAUAACUGUGACUACAGAUCUUGUUCGGGAAUCAAAAAGUUUUAGUGUUGACAGAUAUGUACUACCACGAGCUGAAGCCACUGUAACCUUACCUUCACAUAUAGUAAUAACAGAACAAAGCGUGAAAGUAAAGGUAGCAGGAAAGUACACACAUGGAAAACCACUUGAAGGGUCGGCUACUUUGCGAUUAAAAGUCGAUGCGUUUUACACUGGUUAUACGUACGGACGAGAUCCCAUAACAAAUUUAUAUGUAAGAUUCCCAAAGAAAAUACAGCCCAUUUUAGAGUAUAAUUUAACAUUAGUUAACGGAGAAGCUAGUGUUACUCUGACUUUGAAUGAAUUAACAGCCAUUACUGAUACAUCAAGUUUAAACUCCAAAACUUUAGUAGCCCAGGCCAAUGUAACAGACAUAGAGACAGGCACGGUUUAUGAAUCUAAAGACGCGAAGAGUGUCUUUAAAUCCACAAGAGAGGCUAUACAGUUUGUGAUGGAUCCCCAGAACUUUAAACCCGGGGUUAAUAAUUCUUACUACAUUGAAGUUUUGGAUCAUGAUGGUAAACCAUUGGUUGAAGAUGGAAAUGUAACAAUAACAGCACAAUAUAAAACUGAGGAUGAAAUUCCCACACCACUUACAACAACACCAUUACCAUCGACACCUUACUAUGGACCGUGGAAUUUUGGAAAACAAGCUCCCUGUACACUUGCGACAUACAGCUGGACUAAUUUAACAACCCAAAUUUUAAUUCUCCCCCCGAAUGGCCUGCUUAAGUUUGAUAUAAAAGUGAACGACUUUUCAGCCCUUGAGCUUGAAUUAAAGGCUACAUAUAAUGAUGAUUACAACGUAAGAGCAUCUCGAACAUUAGGAGUAACCCGAUCACCAAGUUAUACCUUUAUUUCAGUUCAUCUUUUGACCCUUAAUCCAAAGGUUAAUGAGUAUGCAGAUUUUGAAAUAUCGUCUAAUAUCAAGUUUUCCCAGAUUCAUUAUUUUGCCAUGGCAAAGGGUCAAAUUGAAUAUGUAAAUACUAAAGGUUAUUACGCAGCCGCAAAGACACAGAUUCUUCCAAUAAGAAUCCUGCCCAGUUUCGCUCCAAAUGUUCGAGUAUUCGUUUACUUUGAGACUACCGAUAGUGAAAUUGUUAUUGAUGCCAUAACAUUUGGUGUUGAAGGAUUAUUUAAAAAUAAGGUAUCAAUUGGAUUCGACAAGUUGAAAGCUGAACCAAAAGACCAAACCACUCUAUCUGUAAAAGCACAGCCAUAUUCCAAUGUUUAUGCUGUGGGAGUAGAUAAAAGUAUAACAUUAUUAGGCGACAUAGAGGAUGAAAUGUCCGAUGAGGUUGAAGAUUUUAUGAACAGUCUAGAUACAGGAACUACACCAACGUAUGAUAAUUGGAGGUAUUGGCCAAUGCUCCGAAAGAAACGAUCAACAGUGAAUCGAUCUAGUAGAAGAAAAAGAUCAUAUUUCAAUUUCCCGAUAUUUACACCGGGAACGGAUGUAGAUGAAAUAUUAAACUAUAAUGACAUUAAUGUGAUUACCGAUGCCCAGAUUUAUAAAUAUGUUGCUGAGCCUCUUUGCUACCCGAACUGGACUCCGCCGACAGUAACCUCACCCACAGUACGGAUGUACGCAGAAUCUCCAGUUGGACCAGCGCCAACAUCACCACCAAUAUCAACAGAACCGUGGGAGGACACGGUAAAAGAGAGGUCAUUUUUUCCCGAAACCUGGAUCUGGGAACAGAAAAUUACAUCUAUCGACGGAUUUGCCAAUUUCUCCCUGGUUGUUCCGGACACUAUUUCUUCAUGGUCAGCCUAUGCCUUUGCUGUUCAUCCAUCACCAUCUUAUGGAGUUGGAUUUACACAAGAUUUAGCAUCGUUAGAAGUUUAUAGAGAUUUCUUCGUGACGUUAAACCUACCGUAUUCUAUCAUCCGAGGAGAAGAAGUUCUUAUUCAAGCUAUUGUCUUUAAUUAUCUUAAUACAGAUAUUCAGGCAACAGUUACAUUAGAGAACCCAAAAGGCUAUGUUAUAAGAAGGCUUGACGCUAAUGGUUAUUUUAUGGACAGUACUGAAGAAGAAGUCCGAACGAUUCAGAUACUUAAAGAUAAAACAACGUCAGUCUAUUUUGCAAUAAAAGCUGUUGAUUUAGGAAGCCUGGAUAUUCAAGUGUAUGCUAAGAGUUCUGAUCACCAGGCCGGGGAUAGACUAAUAAAACCUUUAUUAGUUGAAGCUGAAGGUGUACCAUCGGAAUAUUCAGAAACAAUGCUGAUUAAUUUAGUCGGAGACUCUUCACAAACUGUUGAACAGACGCUUACUCUUUCUUUCCCAAAUAAUUGUAUUGACGGUUCAAAAAGAAUUCAACUUACCGCUUAUGGUGAUACAAUGGCCGGUACCUUAUUCAAUUUGGGUCUAUUAAUCAGGAUGCCUUAUGGAUGUGGUGAACAGAACAUAGUUACCUUUGUACCAAACAUCUAUGCCCGUAAAUAUAUAGACGCUGUUGGUACUUUAGAUGCACAGACAAAAAGUGAUACAGAACUGUAUAUGAGAACAGGCUAUUCCAGAGAACUAAAUUAUAGAAAUCGAGAUGGUUCCUAUUGUCCAUAUAGUGGCUACGGAUCUGGAAGUCAAUGGUUGACCGCCUAUGUACUUCAAUCUUUUGUUGCUGCCAAACAAUACAUUUACGUGGAUGAUGAAGUCCUUAGAUCAGCUGCCAGAGCUUUGAUAGACAACCAGAAUUCUAAUGGAAGUUUUACUGAACGAGGAAGAGUAACCUUUAGAAGUUCAUUUGGCGAAUCUACAAAUGGUAUAGCAUUAACGGCUUUUAUAGUCAUUGCUUUGAGUGAGGCAAAUAAUGUUGCAGGGAUUAAUGCAACAGCAACAAUAUCAAAGGCUGUAAAUACUCUUUCAACAGAAUCCCUAAAUAUGACCAAUGUGUUUGAUCUGGCAAUUACUGCUUAUUCUUUUGUAACUUCCGAUAACCUAUCACUACUUGACGAUAUAAUGGCUAAACUAGAGAGUUUGAAAACCACCGAUGGAGAUACUGCAUUUUGGGAGGUUAAACCGCCGAAAAAGGUGCAUUCUUUGUGGCAUCUCAAAAAAUAUAACGCAGCAUCAGUAGAGUGUACGGCUUAUGUUUUAUUGGUAUAUGCUCAUAAAAAAGAUUUAGUGAAGGGUAUCCCUGUCAUGAAUUGGCUAAUAAAGCAACGGUCUGGUAUUGGUGGAUAUCGUAAUUCACGGGAUACUGUUGUAGCCGUUCAUGCUCUGUCAGAAUUUGCUCCAUUACUUAAAGACGUGCCAUUAGAUGCAGCUUUGACUGUAACUGCUUGUAAAGAUAUUCAUAAUUGGAGUUUCACCAAACCAAACGCCAUGAUACAAAGAAAAGCUGUGCUAAAGGAGACAUCAGAAACGAUUAAUGUCCAGGCCACCGGUCAAGGAAGAAUGUACUUGACGGCACUGGUAAAAUGUAAUGUGGAAGAUAUUGAGGCUACAACAGCUUUCUUAGCGCGAGUUCAGAUUCUUGAAGAAACAUCUGCACUCCUUAAAUUACAAGUCUGUGCGGAGUACACUGUUAAUGGCUCAUCCAGUGGUAUGGCGAUUAUGGAAGUAGGGAUUGUUAGUGGUUUUACCUUAGAUAGUAGUAACCUGGCAACUCAGACAGAGAUUAAACGAUUUGAGUUGGGAUUCAGGAAUGUGAUUUUAUAUUUUGAUCAGAUAACCAACAACUCUACGUGUGUUGAAAUUCAUCUGAUAAGAUCAGAUAAAGUAGGAAAAGUAAAACCGGCUUUUGUUAAAGUCUACGAUUACUACGAUUCUGAUAAUUCUGUGACUGUGUUUUAUCAAGCUGUAAUGGCUAGUCAGAUGGAAGUUUGCGAUUCAUGUACAGCUAACUGUGAUAUUUGUAUUGAGUUGCAACGCAGAAGACGAUGACGAUAAACAUGUGUGCAAAGAAAUUGUGUAUAAUCCGGAUUAACAUUAUAAUGAAAUAUAAAUGAUUGUAUAUAUAAGAAUUGUUAUUAAAAUGUUG